AUGGUCAAGAUAAUCCUGUCACCUCGGGGCCGUGUGGUGGCUGAGGGCGUGUACAGCAACGCGCACUUCAUGCACGCUGCCACAUCUCACGUGGGGGACAUCGUCCAGGUCCUCACCCAGUCGGGCAGCCUUUGGGAGGGCGUUUUCAAGACAUUCAGUGCCCAGUUUGAGGUGGUGCUAGAGGUAGCUCACCGCGUGGACCAAGAGGGCGUGGUCGCGGUAGACUCCGUGGUAGAGAAGUUGAUCUUCAAGCCCCAGGACGUGGUGUCUAUCCGCGCCAAGGACUCUGACCUGGAGUACGCCACGCACGAUGUGUUCCAGACUGAUACGGCCAUUAGCAAGUUUAAUGGCAACGGUCGUACAGCAGAAGAGCGUCACUUAGAGCCGUGGGACGGCUGCGACGGUGAAGCUGGGGACGCGCCAUCUCUGAACGGCGACGCUCGUCUUGACGAGCUGGAGCUGGACCACCGCGCCAACGGCUGGGACGCCAACGACAUGUUCCGCAAGAACGAAGAGGUGUACGGUGUACAUAGCACCUAUGACCACUCGCUGGCAGGGUACACGCUGCCCCUGCAGAGGAAGGACACGCAGGAUUACAGAGAUGCCGAGGCUAAAGCGGAGGAGAUAGCAGCUGAGAUAGAGAGCACGCCGUCAUACAAGGCGCGCAUCGAGCUGGAGAAUGGCGACGAGGAGGAGCGCUUCGCGGCCGUGGUGCGUCCGCAGGACGGACAGGCACCAGGCAAAUAUGUCAUACCUAACAAACGGAAACAUUUGCAGGGUGGAAAGCUAGUGAAGCCAUUGUCAGGCAACGGCGGCGGCUCCUCUCCUGGCAACGGACCGGGCAGCGGCAAGCCCGGCAACUUCCCGCACCCCGGACACCCGCAGCACCCCGCGCACGCCCAACACGGGCCCCACGCGCCCCACGUCCCGCCCAAGGAUAAGGAGCACCGCCCCCCACGGCACCACCUCACGCCCCCCUCCGACCGACGGCUGGAUGACUCACCGUCUGGUGCGAGUAAUGGCGGGCUCCCGAGUGGUGCGGGCGGCGCCGGCAACAAGAGCUACGCGGCUCAAGCGGGCGGGUACCACGCGCCUCCGCCCUUCCCCCACCAUGCACAGCCACAGACAGGCAAGAUGAAUGGUGAUCCCAGAGCGCCGCCUCUCGCCAGGCAAGGCUUCCCGUCGCACCACCAUCAUAAUGCAGUACCCACGGAGCCUCGCGGUAGACCGCAAGGCCCGCCAGAGCCUCGUGAGCCCCGAGAACCUCGAGAUCCACGUGACCUACGCGAUCCCCGUGACUUACGGGAUCACCGUGACUUACGAGACCCACGUGACCCGCGAGAUCCCCGCGACCCACGUGACCCGCGUGAUCCUCGUGAUCCUCGUGACCCUCGUGACCCACGUGACCCUCGCGACCCGCGUGACCCUCGUGACUCACGGGAGCUGCGCGAACCUCGUGAGCGACGCGCAGAUGAAGUGCAGGAGCUCCGCAAGUUCGGUCAGGACUUCAAGCUGGUAUCCUCUGGUGCUCCGGCGCACCAGCAGGCGCAGCAGCCGCAUCCGCAGCACCCACAGCACGCACCGCACCCGCAGCACGUGCCCCACCAAGCUCACCAGCCUCACCAGCCCCAGGUCAACCCACAGCCACCGCAGCUGCCGCCGCCAGCGCCGAGCCCGCCCGAGGUGUCAGCCAACGUGGGCGCGCCUUCCGACCCGCUGCCCAAGCGCGAGCGUCCGCCGAAGCAGCACACACCGCCCGCCGCACACAAGCCACCACCAGUACCAAAGCCAGAGGAGCCGGUGUCCGAUGAGCAGUCGCCAUCAUCCUCGUCUCCGCCGUCGUCUGCCUCGCCCGGCAUCGACCGCGCUAACGCCACACUCAAGAAGUCCACUCUCAACCCCAACGCCAAGGAGUUCAACCCCAGCGCUAAGCCCUUCACACCGCGCAGCCCCAGCACACCCAACCCCAGCCGUCCGCACACGCCGGGCACGCCUGUGGGCAUGGGCGUGGGCGUGGGCAUGGGCCUCAGCGGCGUGGGCGUGAUGGGCGCCGGCGUCAGCUACGUGCCCGCGCCGCAUCCGCCCCCACCGCACAUGUUCGCGCACCAGGUGGCGGCAGUGCCUGCGUACGCGAUGGUGGCCGCAGCUGCAGCCGCCGCGCAGCAGCCGCCCGCAUAUCUGCCACAUCCACACCCCAUGGAGAUGAGUUGCGAGUGCCGGCAGUACGGGCCCCCCAUACUGCUGGUGCCGGACAAGCGGGACAGACACGACACGGUGAGCCGUGUGCCCCCCACAUGA